CCCUCGCCGCUCACUCGCGCGCUCGCGUCCAGGCACCCCACCAUGGAGCGACCGCAGCGCGCCCUGCUGCUCGGCGCGGCCGGACUGCUGCUCCUGCUCCUGCCCCUCUCCUCUUCCUCCUCUUCGGAUGCCUGCGGCCCGUGCGUGCCGGCCUCCUGCCCCGCGCUGCCCCCGCUGGGCUGCCCGCUGGGUGAGACCCGCGACGCCUGCGGCUGCUGCCCGGUGUGUGCUCGCGGCGAGGGUGAGCCGUGUGGGGGCGGCGCGGCCGGCAGGGGGCACUGCGCGCCGGGCAUGGAGUGCGUGAAGAGCCGCAAGAGGCGGAAGGGUAAAGCUGGGGCAGCAGCCGGCGGCCCGGCGACCCUCGCCGUGUGCGUGUGCAAGAGCCGCUACCCGGUGUGCGGCAGCGACGGCAACACCUACCCCAGUGGCUGCCAGCUGCGCGCCGCCAGCCUGCGCGCCGAGAGCCGCGGGGAGAAGGCCAUCACCCAGGUCAGCAAGGGCACCUGCGAGCAAGGUCCUUCUAUAGUGACAACUCCCAAGGAUAUCAGGAAUGUCACUGGUGCCAAGGUGUACUUGAGCUGUGAAGUCAUUGGAAUCCCAACCCCUGUCCUCAUCUGGAACAAGGUAAAAAGGGAUCACUCUGGAGUUCAAAGGACGGAGCUCUUGCCUGGAGACCGGGAAAACCUGGCCAUUCAGACCCGGGGCGGUCCAGAAAAGCAUGAAGUAACUGGCUGGGUGCUGGUAUCUCCUCUAAGUAAGGAAGAUGCUGGAGAAUAUGAGUGCCACGCAUCCAAUUCCCAAGGCCAGGCUUCAGCAUCAGCCAAAAUCACAGUGGUUGAUGCCUUACAUGAAGUACCGGUGAAGAAAGGUGAAGGUGCUCAGCUAUAAACCUGCAAAAUACAUUAGCCUCUGAGGCUAAAAGUGCUCCCAGACAACUGACAACUACAACCCCUAUUCUUGCCUGACAAUUUUCUUUUAACCUAAUAAACUAACACUUUAUUACAGCUAGCUAGUUUUACAGAGAAAUCAAAAAUAACACUUUAAGACUAUCUACAAAAAUUUAUUGUUUAUUUACAGAAAAAGCAUGCAUAGCUUUAAACAAAACAAAUAAAAUUGUUAUCAC